AAUCAAUCGAUAAUUUCUAUCCCCUGGAAUAAGUUUUAGGUGAACAAAGUUGCAAAUGAAACUUCAUGACCUAUGGCCUUUGUUGGUACUUAUCGCUCGAUGUGCUUUUGUUCUCCUCGCAGAACAAUCAUUCCAGAACGGACAAUAUUCUGAGUGUCGUGUGGAUGAUCCAAUAGCUUGUAAUCAAAGUAAGCAUGAAGUAUGCAUGUUUCGUAAUGGUCGCUAUAGCUGUCAAUGUCCACAAGGUGUUGGUCGAAGUGUAGAUGGCCGAUGUAUUGUAAUAAAUGAAUGUUCUGAGCAACGUCUUAAUGACUGCCAUGAAAAUGCAAUAUGCAUCGAUCAGAUUGAAGGUUACACGUGUCGAUGCUUAAACGGUUUUGCUGAUGUAUCGGAAGAUGUAGAAAAAAAGCCAGGUCGAAUAUGUCAAAAGGAAGUGAAUGAAUGUAUUGAUCCUGUUAAUUAUAACAUUGAUUGUUCCGAAAAUGCCAAAUGUCAAGAUACAGCAGAAGGUUUUACAUGUAUUUGUAAUCCAGGAUAUACAGAUAUUAGUGCUCAUUACUCUCGAUUACCUGGAAGAAAGUGCGUUGAAAAUGUCAAUGAAUGUCACAGUGGUACAAAUGAUUGCUCACCUGAUGCUGAAUGUAUCGAUCAACCGAUUGGGUACAUAUGCAAAUGCAAGGAAGGAUUUGUGGAUGCAAGUCCAAAUACUACCCAUUAUCCAGGCCGUCAAUGUAUCGCGCCAAAAAGUCCCCAAUAUAUCAAUGAAGCCAAAUCACAACAAAUGCAAUUUCGAUGUCAUCCAGUUUUUAAACCAAUAUGUUCAAUGAAUCAAGUAUGUUUAAGUGGUGAUCAAGGUAUGCAUUCAUGCCAAUGUCCACAACGUGGCAUUUUAACUUCCAAUGGACAAUGCAUAACAUUCAAUCAUUGCGAAAAAUAUAAUGACUGUGAUUUGGUUGCAAUCUGUUCGAAUACAUAUGACGGAUAUCAAUGUCAAUGUCCACCAGGAUUCUUGGAUACAUCAUCUGAUCCAUUACGGUUACCUGGAAGAAAAUGCACUCGACUAAUUAAUGAAUGUGGCACGAAUAAACAUGACUGUUCACCGUAUGCUACGUGUAUCGAUACGUUGGAAUCAUACCUAUGCCAGUGUAAUGCUGGAUAUACGGAUGUCUCCUCACGUUAUGACUUAAAACCUGGACGACGUUGUGCUCAAUCCAGGAAUCAAUGCGCUAAUCGAUUAGCUAACUCAUGCGAUGAAAAUGCGGAUUGCGUAACGCUACCGGAUGGUUAUACUUGCAUUUGCGUUACCGGAUAUUUUGACGUUUCUAGUAACGCUAAAUUACCACCUGGACGCGUAUGUACUCUGCAAACUCAUUGCCCAGCUCAAUCAACAGAUCUUGUCUUUCUAGUUGAUGGAAGUGGUUCUAUUGGUUCGGAUGUCUUUCAUAAAGAGGUGCUUCGUUUUGUGAAAGAUUUUAUUGAAUUAUUUGAUGUUUCUCCACAACAAACCCAUGUAGCUGUGAUACAGUACUCGGAUGUUAUCAGACAUGAAAUUGACUUAAAUCAGUAUUCUUCGAUGGAGCAAUUAAAGCAAGCUAUUAAUGGUAUCGAAUAUUUGACAGGUUUAACAAGAACAGGUGCAGCAAUACAACAUGUUACUGAUGAAGGAUUCAGUGAACGUCGUGGUGCUCGACCUAUUGGUAAUGGAGUACCACGAAUACUUAUUGUUAUUACAGAUGGACGAUCACAAGAUGAUGUUACGAUUGCUGUACGAAAUGCAAGAAUGAAACAAAUACAACUUUUUGCAGUUGGUGUUACAAAUCAUGCAUUGGAUUCUGAAUUGGAAGUGAUUUCUGGUUCAACAAAGCGAACAUUCCAUGUAAAUGCAUUUGAAGAUUUAAAUGCUCGUUUACGAAGUGCAAUUCAAAAAGUAACUUGUCCAGCCAUUAUUGCACCACCUGUUGGACCAUCAAUCUUUCAAGGUUCAACAAAGCGAACAUUCCAUGUAAAUGCAUUUGAAGAUUUAAAUGCUCGUUUACGAAGUGCAAUUCAAAAAGUAACUUGUCCAGCCAUUAUUGCACCACCUGUUGGACCAUCAAUCUUUCAAGAGAAUUGCAUUCUGCAAACUCAUGCAGGAUGUGAUCGAACAUUGAAUCAGAUAUGUACAUUGAAAAAUGGAAAACCUUGUUGCGCUUGUCCGAUGUCAUUUGAACUACAUCCAAUUACACGGAUUUGUGGUGGUGCUUUAUGUAAUCCACAACUUGUUUCCUCAUGUCCAAGUCCUGAAAUAUGCCAGAUGACACCAUAUGGGAACUAUAGGUGUACGUGUCCACCUAACACUAUACGUGAUCAGAAGUCCGGUGCUUGCACAACUAAACAUGUACCAUCGAUGCCUGGGAUAAUGCCAGAUGAAUGCGGACAAGGGAAACCGUGUCAGGAAAACGAGCAUUGUGCCGUUUCAUCAUCCGGAAGACGAAUCUGCCAAUGUCUGCCUGGUUAUGUGGCUGGUCCAAGUGGUAAAUGUCAAGCAAGUGGAACAUGCCAGCCAUAUCUGCCAAAUGCGUGUGAUCAACGAAGAAAUGAAGAAUGCUUACCGGAUGGUCAUGGUGGAUUCACUUGUCAAUGUGCUGCCAAUCAAAUCCGUCAUCCUGUCACCCAAAUUUGUUUGGUGGAUGAAUGCGCUACCGGAAUGCAUGAUUGCGAUGAGCAUGCAAAAUGCAUCGAUACAGAUGAAGGAUAUAUUUGUACAUGCAAGGAAGGUUAUAUCGAUGAAAGUCCAGAUCAAUCACGAAAACCUGGCAGAGUUUGUCGGCAACAAACGGAUGAAUGCGCUCAGGGCACUCACAAUUGUUCAGCUUAUGCAGAUUGUAUUAAUUUACCAAAAGGAUACUUUUGCCGAUGUAAAGCUAAUUACGUGGACUUCAGUCCAAAUCCGCAACAUUUUGGUGGCACAUAUUGUAAACCAUUAGUGGACGAAUGCGCCAAUAGGUCAUUAAACACAUGUAGUAAAAAUGCAAUUUGUAUUGAUACAAUGGAAAGUUACAAAUGUCAAUGCAAAGAAGGUUUCAUUGAUCAUGAUGAACUUCGAAAUCCAGGAAGAAUCUGUGAACAAGCGAAUCGUUUCUGUGUAACAAAUCAAAACGAUUGUGAUAAGAAUGCGAAAUGUAUCGAAAAAGGUACAAACGAAUAUAUCUGUGUCUGUGAACCUGGUUACAUUGAUAAAAGUCCUGAACCAACCAAACCAGGUCGUAUUUGCUUGGAACGUAUCUGCAAUGAUCCAUCAAAGCAUGACUGUCAUCCGGCUGCUGUAUGUACGGAAAUCGCUAAACCGGAACGUUACACGUGUUCAUGUCGUAAUGGUUAUAUCGAUAUUAAUCCAAGCAAACCUGGAAGAGCUUGCAAAGAAUUAGUGAAUGAAUGUUUGGAUCCAUCCUUGAAUGACUGCGAUCCAGCAGCUAAAUGUAAUGAUUUGAAGGAAGGAUAUACAUGUACUUGUCCACCUGAUUUCAAGGAUCUUUCUGUGAAUAACCAAAAACCUGGAAGAAAAUGUUCCAUUUUGGUGAAUGAAUGUAUAAACCCACAUUUGAACAACUGUAGUCGUUUUGCGGAUUGUAAAGAUCUUGAAGACGGUUAUGAAUGCAUUUGCAAAGCUGGUUAUCGUGAUAUAAAUCCGGCUAAACCGGGAACGGAUUGCAAAUUAAUACUAAAUGAAUGUGAAUCAUCAAAUUUGAAUAAUUGUGAUAAAAAUGCAAAGUGUACUGAUACAGAGGAAGGAUUCCGUUGUGAAUGUAUCCCACCUUACAUCGAUCAAAAUCCAUCUGAACCUGGUACCAUUUGUCGAAAAGAGGGUUUCCCAUGCGGUGAGAUGACAUGUCAAGAAGAGCUUGGUGAAAUUUGUUCUGAGGAUCAGUUGUGCGUCUGUCCAUCUGGACAGAAGCGCCCAAAUGCUGACGAAAAAUGCCGUGCGGUUGAAUCCUGGUCUUUACCUCUUUGGGUUAUUCGUCAGAAUACUGAAGAAUUAAACUACAACGAUAAUUUGGCCAAUCCACAAAAUGACCGAUACAAAGAAUUGGUAAAUGCAUUCGAAAAAGGUAUUGCUGAAAGUUAUGCAAAUACACCGCUCAAGAAUGGUUUUGUGAUUGCUGAAGUAAACGAAAUCACUCGACCAAGUGAUUUUAUCAAGCAAUGGGAUAAAGGAAUUUUGUACAAUUUCACGGUUAGCUUUGUACGCGGUAGUGUCGCAUCACCUCCCAGUGUUUUUACCGACCUUUUGAAUUAUAUCACUCAGCGGAAUAAUUUCCAAGUUGGUAAAAGCAUGCAAUAUAUUAGUCCAAUCCAAGCAAAUCCGUUUGAUAACUGUUAUAAAAGUGAUUGUCAUCCGGAUGCAAAGUGUACUUCCACUCCUACCGGUUAUACAUGUGAAUGUCCGGAUACACAUCGUGACCUGAAUCCCUCAAAACCAGGACGUGAAUGCGUAAGCUUAGUUGGCGUAAAUGAAUGUGAACAGAAAGAAUGGAAUGAAUGUGAUGAGCAUGCUCGAUGUAUCGAUCAGGAUCAUCUAUACAGAUGUGAAUGCAUAAAACCAUAUGUUAAUGCUGCACCACCGGGAAAAUUACCUGGUUCGGAAUGUCGUAUCAAUUAUUGCGCUGAUGUAAACUUUUGCCCUGCAAAUACCACUUGUCAAAAUGGAAAAACACAGGCUGAAUGCAUUUGCAAAGAAGGCUACGUGGAUAUUCGAUCCAGUCCGUUUCGUGAUCAACUUAACUAUCCGGAAAAUGUUUACUGUUUACGACUGCAGGAUGUCGAUGAAUGUGCUCUUGGUCUUACCAAUUGCAGUGCUGUAGCAAUUUGUACUGACCUGCGGAAUGGCUAUCAAUGCCGUUGUCCGGAUGGAUAUGUGGAUGGUAACCCGGAUGAACCUGGUCGAAUAUGUGCAGCACAAUUAUGCGGUUUAUGUAAUGGUCAUGGUGAUUGCAUAUAUAAUGAAGCGACAAAGAAUGUGACAUGUUCAUGUGUUGGUGGUUAUACCGGAAAAUUUUGCGAGAUCGAACCAUCCAAAACACUCCUGUUACUCUUCCUGAUCUUGGCUAUUUUACUCUUACUCCUAUCACUAUGUCUUUGCUUGUAUUUCUGCUCGAAGCUCAGAUGUUUCCGACGAAGGCCAGAAACAAGUGUUGGAAGUGGCCGAGAGAUUCUCACUUCCGAUUACUAUUCCAUUCCACGUGCGAAACUAAAACGACGUGAGGUUGAUGAGACCGCUCCAGCGGAAGUAACUAGCCGUCAGUUGCAACGUUACUUGGAUGAUGGAGGUUCCAUUUCGGGUGAGUCAUCCGGUUCGUCAGUUCAAUUCGAAAGGCGUGUUAUCACCGACAUCACAACGCACGAAAUCAAAAAAACUAUUUAUCAUGAUCCGGAAACUGGACAAGCAGUUUAUGAAGUUACUGCUACAGCUAGCAGUAGUGCAGCUAAUGGCGGACACUCACAGUUUCUGCGAUCUCCAAUUGAAAUCGAAUCCGAACAACAUGCAGGCGAACCGGAACGUUUCGUGCGUUCUUCAGAAUCAGUAGCAGGACAACAGUAUCCAAGGAGUGAGUCAACAUCACGAAUAGGUGGGAGUGGAAGAGGUACAAUACGUGAAAGUGGGUCACGUGAAUACACAGCUACCCGAACUACUCGUCAAGUGGUACUGUUUUUUGUUAUAUUACUUUAUUAA